AUGGCAUCGGGAUACAAGGUGGUAUCCCGAUGCUUACACCGAACCUCACAACCCACAAGCACUUAUGCCUUGAAGCAAUCGACGCCAGUAUUGUGGUGGACUGGAAGGCCCCAUUCAAUCAUAAAUCCUAGUAUCAGGUCAACUCUAAAAAACCCAAGUUGGAUGCCAUUUAUACGGAGGCUGCCAAAACGCAGACCUUCAGCUAGUUCUAGAAUCCAUCCAUCACUCCCAUCCUCAAUUAUCCUUACAUCCCUAUCACUCCUUUUUCUAUCUCCGGCUAGCUCGAGCUCUGUUGAGGCCGAGGAUGCCGAACCACCGACUCAAGAACUACGCCUGCUUGCAAAAGCAGAGGAAGAAACACAACACAAGAGGAUGGGCGACAGACUCUCUCUAUGGGGCACGCUGAGUUAUGCUAGAUACUACAUCUACACUUACUUUCUAGAGCCAGUAGCUACCGGGCUGCGGUUUCUUCACCUUGCUUUGUUGUUUCUUCCAGUAAUGAUCACUAUGCCAGCAAUAUGGAUAGGCCCUAGGUUACCUCUUCAAGAUGGGGAAAGAGCCGGCACCCUCUGGUGGUAUUCCUAUCUUGUCAAAUCUAUGGAAAUGGCUGGUCCGACGUUUAUCAAAUUAGGACAAUGGGCCGCCUCAAGGACAGAUAUAUUUCCUAUGCAGAUGUGUUUCAUAAUGUCUACCCUCCAUUCAAAUGUUGCAGCUCACUCCCUUGCAAAAACAAAAGAAAUAAUCGAGGAAGCAUUCAGCGGCCGUUCUUUUGAUACACUUUUUCUCGAAUUUGAAGAAACCCCACUGGGGGUGGGUGCUAUUGCUCAAGUGUAUCGCGCCAAACUAAGGCGGGAUCUUUCACCAUCGCUUCAAAGCUCAAGGUCGACAACCCCUUUAUCAUUAAGGCACUCGGCCCAGGAGCUGCUCAACAAGCUAGAUACUUUUGUCAAACCUACGCCCUCUAAGGCUCCAAGUGAUUGGGUUGCGAUAAAAGUGCUACACCCCUAUGUUGAACAGCUUGUCCAUCGAGAUCUUCGCAUCAUGAAGAUUUUCGCGAAUAUAAUUAACUCUCUACCGACUCUCGAAUGGUUGUCUUUGCCGGACGAAGUAGAUAAAUUUGGAGAAAUGAUGCGCUUGCAACUUGACCUUCGCAUUGAAGCAAAUAACCUGCUUCGGUUUCGAGAUAACUUCAAAAAUAGAAACACAGUUACGUUUCCGAUGCCAUACAUGAACUUCUCAACCCGGCAGGUUCUGGUGGAAGAAUUCGCCUUGGGGAUUCCCUUAGAAGCGUUCUUGAAAAAUGGUGGUGGUGUUUUCCAGAAGCAAGCAGCGGACAUGGGCCUGGACGCUUUUCUCCAUAUGCUUUUGAUCGAUAACUUUGCACAUGCAGAUCUCCAUCCUGGGAAUAUUUUAAUACGAUUUUACAGGCCAACACCACCCCCUGCCUUCCCACAAGUCUCGCUCCCGUUCUCAACAACAACAUCUCAUCAUCAUCUAGAUUCCACGGGAGAAAUGCAGGCGCAAGAGCGCAAGCGCAAUGAGAGCCCCUUCCAGGUAACAGAGGAGGUGCUUUCGCGUCUCCGGCCCUUAAAUGAUAACCCAGCCAAAUGGCGGGACGAGCUUUCUAAACUAAAUGAUGAGGGUUUCAAGCUCCAACUCAUCUUUAUCGAUACCGGGCUGGUUACAGAGCUAUCUCCCAUAAAUAGGCGGAAUUUCCUAGAUUUAUUCACCGCCGUAGCCGAGUUCGAUGGGUACCGAGCGGGUGAGCUGAUGGUGAGCCGAUGUCGCCAGCCCAGCUCCGUGAGAGACAAGGAUAUAUUUUGUCUUCGAAUGCAACAUUUAGUACUUGGGGUCAAGAAUAAGACUUUCACGCUUGGGAAGAUAAAAAUUGCAGAUAUUCUCUCGGAGGUUAUGUCGAUGAUACGCUCGCAUCAUGUUCGUCUAGAGGGAGACUUCAUCAAUGUGGUUGUGAGCAUAUUGCUUCUUGAGGGUAUAGGUAGAAGGCUGGACCCUAAUAUCGAUAUAUUCAAAAGCAGCCUGCCAAUACUAAGGCAGAUCGGGGCACAGCAGGGACACCAGAUAUUAAACAGCGAUAUUAGCUUACUAAAGAUAUGGCUCGGGCUAGAGUUGAGGACGAUAGUGUCAAGUUCGUGCGAGGAUGUUGACGACUCCAUGCUCAUAAAAUACUUUUGGAACGAAUGA